UUCUGUCGGGAAGCAACAGAAUCGGAAAUCAGCAGUAAUAUGAAGUGAAUGUAAAAAUAUCUAGACAGUGCUGUCUGAGUCGUCAGUGUCAAUCGAUUAAAACGACACUGUGCUGAACAGGAUUACGACUGAGAAAUGCAGCCGUAUACUUUUGCGCUUUAAGCUGUCAGAACUGGAACUAGUGGAUGUAUGGCAGGAGUGAAUGGUUGUCGUUACACUGGGAAUAUUAUAAGGGAAACAUCCUUUUCAGUUUAUUAUCGCCUCUUCUUUUCAUUUCUGGAUUAUUACUGCCCAGCAACACUGUCACCUGACUAAAUUGGAUGUCGUAAUUCAGAAGUAUCAAUGGUCCAGUCAUGGAAACAAAGAGAUACCAAAGCUUCUUUGAAGGCAAAGACACGGAGCACAGGUGGCCUCACGUGCCCAAUACGGAUUACGGAUCUGCAGUGGUGGACGGGAAUCAGCCCAACUGUGACAUUUUAAAAGAAGGUUUAAUUGUCAGUCCUGGGCACAAUGUAACGGACAGCUUCAAGGAGAAUGAUGGAGUCAAGGUCGAGCAUCCCCCACUCUGCAUGAAGCACGGUCAACAGCUCGCCCCCUCAGGUUUUGGAACUUCUGUCAAGCUGGAAACGGACUCUAAAGAGCUCUCCAAAACAGUGGCGGAGUCGAUGGGGCUGUAUAUGAACGACGUCAGAGACGUGGACUACGCCUAUGGCCAGCAGCGUGGCCACGAGGGACGAGGUAUUUCCCAGAAACUGUACGCCCACGCUGGGUCGCACCUGGAGGCCAAACUGCCUGGGUCAGCGGACAGUCCCAAAUUGACUCCUCCCCCGUCGUCCUGUCCCUUGAUGCCCCAUCUCCUGAAGACUCCAGUGGAUGGUUCCUCUGGAGUCCAGCAAGGGUCUGGCUCUUUGGCCCUGGCAGUCCCUUGCAGCCCCCACAACUCACACAGUUCACUCUCCAGCCCGACCAGCCUCGCAUCCUCCAUCGCUUCUCCCUCUUGCUUCGGGAACCCUCGCUCGUCUGUAGGCAGCCCUGUCCAGCAGGCUCUCCCUGGGCCUGUCCUCCCCCGAAUUCACCCCCGGCUCCCCACCACGUGCAGCCCUUUGAACAGCAGUGGUGUCGUUUCCCCGCUGGCGAGUCCCCUCAACGUUCUGAGGUCCCCAAUCUCCAGCCCCCAGAGCAUGAGCAGCGUGAGGUCGCCGCCCUCCUGCCACGGCAACCUGAGGUCAUCAGCACCGAGCCCAGCGGGCGCCAACGGCAACAACACGCACCCGCCGCUGCGCUCCAGCCCUGGGGCCGCCAACGCCGCGACGGUGUCCAGCCCCCCGACCUCGUCAGGGUUUCCCGUCUCUAGCCCCGAUAGCACCAUCGGCCUCAGCCUGGGCCAGAGCGACAGCCUCAGCCCCGGGGAGAGGGGCCGGGAGUUUAAGGCCUUCGAGUUCCCCAAGGUGGAGAGCGAGGAUGGGGACAUGUACAGCGUGGGCCUUGACCAGACGGGCACGGUGAAGUACAUUAAAAACGAGCCGGACCCUGAGGGCAGGAGCAUGUGUCUGGCCUCGGUGCAGAGACGCACCUCCGGGGCGGCCUUCUCCUUGCAGAUAAAGAGCGAACCGAACAAUGGAGGAGCCUGUUUGAAUCUUCCCUACGAGCAGCAGCAGCAGCACUCUUUAAGUCUUUUCCCUGGAACGGAGACCACAUACUUGUCCCUGAGGGACAACAUAGACGAGUACAGCCUCUCUGGGAUAUUAGGUCCUCCUGUUUCCUCCCUGAAUGGUAGCUAUGACCCUGGCGUGUUUUCCAGUGCUGCACUGCCCAAGGGGAUUAAACAGGAAUUGAAUGAUGGCUGCUAUUACCAAGAGAACAGCAGUGUCCCGACGUCGGCCAUCGUCGGCGUCAAUUCGGGCGGCCAUUCAUUUCAUUACCAGAUCGGGGCGCAAGGGAUGAUGUCGUUUUCACGACAUGAUGUGAAGGACCAGACGAACCCCUUGUUGAAUCUAAUUUCUCCCGUUACAUCUCAAAUGGAGACCUGGAAGCCACACCCAGACCUGUCCCACUGCCCUUUGUCAUCCAGAGGAGGAGGUUAUGUAGGUCAGAACUACAUCACAGAAAGCAUGUCAAGCACGACCCUAAGGCACACGUCCAUUGGCUCCUCAUCGGCCAAAGUGUGCUUGGUUUGUGGGGACGAGGCGUCGGGAUGUCACUACGGGGUCGUGACCUGUGGCAGCUGUAAGGUCUUCUUCAAAAGAGCUGUGGAAGGUCAGCAUAACUACCUUUGUGCCGGGAGGAAUGACUGCAUCAUUGACAAAAUCCGGAGGAAGAACUGCCCGGCUUGUCGAGUGCGCAAGUGUCUCCAGGCCGGGAUGAACCUUGGAGCCCGGAAGUCAAAGAAACUGGGGAAGCUGAAAGUGCUGAGUGAGGACGGGUCCCUGCAGAGCUCCAAGGAUGGCCAGAUGUGCCUGGCCUCGGAGAAGGAACUGAGUGCCGCUGGGGCCCUGGUGCCUGGGAUGGGCGGCAUGACGCCGUACCUCUCCCCGUCCAUCUGCAGCGUCCUGGAGCUCAUCGAGCCUGAGGUGGUGUACGCCGGCUACGACAACACCCAGCCAGACACCACCGACCACCUCCUCUCCAGCCUCAACCAGCUCGCCGGCAAGCAGAUGAUCCGAGUGGUCAAGUGGGCCAAAGUACUACCAGGUUUCCGGGCCCUCCCCAUCGAGGAUCAGAUCACCCUGAUCCAGUACUCCUGGAUGUGUCUGUCAUCCUUCGCCCUCAGCUGGAGAUCCUACAAGCACACCAACGGACAGAUGCUUUACUUUGCCCCGGAUCUCAUUUUCAACGAGCAGCGCAUGAAGCAGUCGGCCAUGUACGAGCUGUGCGUGGGCAUGCGGCAGGUGAGCCAGGAGUUUGUGCGCCUGCAGCUGACCUACGAGGAGUUUCUGUCCAUGAAAGUUCUGCUGCUCCUCAGCACAAUUCCCAAGGAGGGUCUGAAGAACCAGCCAGCGUUCGAGGAGAUGAGGGUGAACUACAUCAAGGAGCUGCGCCGGUCAGUGGCCAAGGCCACAAGCACAUCCGGCCAGACCUGGCACCGUUUCUUCCAGCUGACCAAACUACUGGACGCCAUGCAUGACCUGGUGGGGAACCUUCUGGAUUUCUGCUUCUACACCUUCCGCGAGUCCCAGGCGCUGAAGGUGGAGUUUCCCGAGAUGCUGGUGGAGAUCAUCAGUGAUCAAAUCCCAAAGGUGGAGUCGGGCUUGACCCACGCCCUCUACUUUCACAAACAGUGACAGGGUGGAGCACCAAGAGGACCCUGUCGUAACAUGCCGCGCCACCGGCCACGCCCCGGAAGAGCGCUCUCGUGUCUCGUGCCCGGACAGCCAACUGAGAAGAGCGUUUGGGAGGAGACCUCCCCCUGACUCCAAAGACCAUGGAAACGUUUUGACGGAUAGAAAGCCAUACGUUUGUUUGGUUUGUCAACCGCAAACAUUCAAAAUGCACACACAUGCACGUGCACACACACACACACACACACACACACUCAUCUAUUAAGUCACCCUGGAAACGGGCGUGUAGUCUGAAGUUCUAUUGUACAGCUGGCAAACAUUGCUUUUGCAGUACAUUAGUCUCAAAAGUCCGUGCUUCAGAAAUGAUUUAAUAGGAAGCCUUCUGUGGCACUUUAACGAGAGAAUACAGGAUGCAAAGCUAACAACAAUAACAUCUGAGCAUUUCCCAAGGGCUACAAGAGUAUUAAUAAAAAAGACACGCGCACACACACAAGCACACGCAUACACACGGCCGCACAUGCACACACAUGCACACACACACACUUAAUUUAUGAGCGAAGUGCAACAAGCAAGCUUUUACUGAUAUGCAAAACCUAGGAAUAUUUACGCAUAUGAGGCAAAUCAUUUAAAAAAAGAAACGGAACAUUCCGGCAACAGCAGGACGGGGAGGUGGGAGUAAAGAUGUCUUCUAAUUAGAACAUUCACAGCAAGAGAUGGAGAGUUACACAAAUGUGUGUGCUGCGAAUGUACCAUGGUGCAAACAUCCAUAAUCACAAACUAGGACAACAAAAGUAAAAACAGAUGCAAAACUCAGCUCUGUCUGAACUAUGAAAUUCAACCGGGUCCAUUUCUUACAGCAGGAUAUGUGACUGUGCUAUAAUUCAUCUCUGUGACGCCGUGUGCUUACUACAGCUAUUUGUUUUAGCUGUUUGUAUUCAUGGAGUCAAUUGCUCAUUUAUUCGAAAUCAGCGCUUUCUGAAGCAGAAACAGACUGCUUUGAGGUUCCAGCAAUGUGAAGGCAACAUUUCUAAAAGUGCUUAGAUUUUUUAAAAAUAUGUUCUGACAACAUUUUAUAACAAGUCGCUGAGCUUCUUAAAGCUAAGCAGAAGUGACACAUGCAAAUGUGCAUAUAUUGUGUUGUUCAGCAAUUGCCAUAACAUUUAUGAAAUUACAAGUAUCGACAGAAACUCAAAUAAUUUGUACAAUUGUAAUGUUACAUUACAUCAAUGAAAUAACAGCUGUAGAUAUCUGCAGAUAUCUGUAAGCGGCCUCAUUUACAACAAUGCUUUCAAAGACACUGUAAAACUGAAUCUUAUUAUACAUGUUAAAACAUUUUCUUUUUUGGAAACCAAUAUUUCACCCACCUUCAGUGUUUAUUUACAGUUUUUACAUUUUAUGUCCAAUUGGUUGAAUUCUACUGUUACAGCCUGUCCAUCCAAUGAGUACACCCAUGUGAAUUAUUAUUAUGUUUUUUGUAUACAAUAGAUUUUCCAGACUCCACCUCCACUGAGUCUUAACUGUCCAAUGGGGAAACCCCCAGACUGUUAGGUCACCAUGUUUCCUUCAGAAGUUGGAGGAGGGGGAAGUGUGUCAACGGAGGGCUUCUUUAGAGCUCUUUUUCAGGACAUUUCUUUUUCUUUACAAUGGGAUUAGAUCGAUCCCACUGCCAACCGUAGAUUUGCACAGAAAAUGAAAUGUGAUUAUUGAGACAUAGGUAUUGCUUUAAUGUGAUGUUUAUGUAUAAACAUGAUUGGGUAUGUGUGUGGAAUAGGGGGUGGGGGUGGGGUAUACCACGUUGCAUUGUGGGCCCUGGUCAGAGUGAAAGAGGAAACACAAUUAUGAUGGUGUACAAAUGAGCAUGUCUGUUGGCUCUCAUGGAUUCACUUUCUUUUUGUUCUUUUAUAUAUUGGUGUGUGUAUAAAUUGUGAAGGACAUGAAAUUAGUUGUAAAGAUGGUUUUGUUGUUUAUUUUCCUUUUUUUAUAUAUAAAUAUAUAAAUGAGAAUAAAUGUAAGUGGUUCAUAGCAAGAAUGGGAAAGUAUUUUUGAAAGAAUUCUAUUUUGCUGGAAAAAAAAAAUAUUUAAGUACUUUGAAUAAAAACUUUUUUUUGUAAAGUGAAAUGUUUAUGCAUGCACACAGAAAGAGAUGUUUACAGUGUAGUGAAGGGAACAUGUGCCUUUUUAACUGAUAUGUUUUACCAUUUUGCAGUAUCUGUUGUAAAUACCACAGUGAGUCAUUAUGUUGAGUAAAAUAAGAGUUUCCUCUUUACCUGUGUUGUUAAAAUAACUGAAGUUUGUGUGUCUCCCACUAAUGCCAGUAUUCCAGCGAGUUGGUCAGUUUGUGGAGGUGAUGCAGGAGCCAUCAGGAAUGUUUUGGUAAUGAGAAUGAAUGUACAAACUAUUGUGACUGACACCAAACUACCUGAAUGUUAGCGUAACUUUUAUUUGUGUUCAUGUAACCUAAAGGUUUUUGUAUUAUUUUGUAUGCUCUGAAUUUCAUUUCAAUAUGGCUGUCUCAAAAUUUGCCAUAUCAGAAUGGCUUUUCAGUUUUACCGGUAGACGCCGGUGCAGUGUAUUGAUAAAAUUUGCAGCAGGUGUAAUGUUUUCACCUUAAUGAAAGCGAUUUUCGCGCUUGUUCCCACUCUAAUAUCUUACACUAGAUUCAGCUACAGCCAAACGGUGGCCGACCUGCAAGCAUAGAGAUCCGAUUCAAAGAUCAAAUUUCAGAAUUUCCGAAGGAGCAGAUGUCACCGUGCAACCGUUUGUGCAAGUGUGCCAUAUGACCAGUCUUAUAAAUACUCUAUAAGGAGUCUACAGGAAUGUAGGAGCAGAAGAGUUCAUCUCACUGUCAGCUGGGUCUCCAUAGGCUGUCCGUGGAACAUCACUCAACCUUUUUAAUUGGAAUGUAGACUCUUAAAUAAUGCAUUUUCUCCCUUUCUCGCAUUAGUUCACCCGCUCUGCAGUGCGUCAGUAGGACUGGCCUGAGGAAUAUAGCACUUUGUUUCACAAAGACAGCGAUCUGCUGAGACUCAGCCCAGUUCAUCCUGUUUCCAACAACUUCUUGGAUUCUGUAUAAUAAAAUAAAUAUGGCAACUGAUGAUUAUUAACUCCAACUCAACUUCUCAGUACUUCAUAAGAAUAAAAAAAAAAAAGUAA